GCAAGUCCUGUGCAUGCACUCCUGAAAAGAAUGCCAAAAGGUGCACUCUUACAUGCACACUUUGAUGCAAGUGUCGAGUGCAGCGUGUUGCUUGAACAGGCACGACAAAACAAGCAUUUGCACGUCAAGUUUGAUCGGCCGUUACGAGCCAAGGAAGGCUGCUGGAAUGCUCCCAUCCCAAGCUUCAGGCCGUUCAAGGAGGUGCAAGGGACAGAGCCAGGUAUAGACUGGUGUCCAUGGUCGACGGUUCAAAAGACAUGGUCAGAUAUCAGUGGCAGUUCCGGCUAUGAUACUGCAGACGCCUGGCUUCGAAGUGCAAUCGAACUUCAACGGCAUCAAGUCGAGCCUGCAGAGCUGAGUAUCAAUGAUGUCUGGGCUAGCUUUCUCAAAUCCUUUGGUAUCAUUGAAGGUCUACUCUUCUACGAAACGGCACUUCGAGCGUAUUGUUUGCAUCUCUUUGAGCAGCUUUUACAAGAUGGACUCUGUUAUGUCGAAUUGCGUGUGAAUUUCGCAGUGGAGGGCGUCUACUCAGAUGAUGGCAGUGCGUUGCAUGGUCAUGAGAAAAUCAUUCGCAUCAUCGAUGCUGCACAUACCGAGUUCAGAGCGACUCUUGAAGCUCGCCAAGAGGGACGCCACUGGGUCGGCUACAAGAUCAUCUACUGUGGUCUCCGUUUCUUUGAACCAAGUCUCGUUGCGCAGCAUCUGAAGGCUUGCUUUGGGAUGAAGCGCAAGUUUCCAGAGAUCAUUUGUGGCUUUGAUUUGGUUGGACAGGAAGAUACAGGACGUCCAUUACAGUACUACAAAAAAGAACUGCUUGAGUUUAGGCAGAUGUGCGCUGCAGAGGGUGUCGAGUUGCCCCUUAUUUUGCAUGCCGGUGAGACGCUAGCGAGCGGUCAUGGUGCAGACGACAACUUAUUUGAUGCAAUCUUGCUGGGUGCGAAACGUAUCGGGCACGGUGUCUCUUUAACACACCACCCGCUUCUCAUGCAACUGGCAAAGUCACAUGGCAUCUGCGUUGAAGUGUGUCCCAUCUCCAACGAACUGCUCCAUCUCUGCAAGACCAUCCAAUCGCAUCCACUACCGGAAUUACUAGCGUAUGGCGUUCCUUGUGCCAUCAAUACAGAUGAUGCCAUGAUUCUACAGAAUACCAUGACGGCGGACAUGUCACAGGUCUUGCUCUCCAACACACGCUUGGAUCUCGUCUCUUUGCGAGAACUGGGGAUGGUGAGUAUUCGGCAUAGUUGCCUGAGUGAAGCGCAAAGGGUGAAAGCGCUCGAACGUUACAAGGAAGAUUUUGCAGCAUUUUGCGGCAAGGUCGUUCAGGAA